UUAUUAUUAUUAUUAUUAUUAUUAUUAUUAUCGUUGUAAAAUCAUGUCGAAUCGUGAUGGAUCCGAGAAACGGGGUGGAAAAAGAUAAAAAAAAAAAAAAAAAGGGAAAAAAAAGGAAUGAAAUUCACCCGACGCAGAUUCGGCAAGAGAAACGAGCGCGCGCGCGCGAUAGAUACGUUUAUUAUUUUUUCUCCUUUAAUCGGUGCGACGACGAUUGUUGUUUUACGGUACGCGUUAUCGCGGUUCUCGCGCACGCACGCGCACGCACCACCGUCGUGGUCCUCGUCGCGCCGUCGAGCACACCGACGGCGACGGCCAGUGGCGCGUCGUUCAACUUUCGAGCGCGUUGGCCGCUGGCACGAGCUCGAGUCGUACGCGGCCACCGCCCGCGUUGCACACCGGUCACGGAAAAAAGUUUUAACUCGUACCAACGUCGACAAGGCGGUUCUUAUAGGUAAUGUUAUAACUCGUUCGUCGCAUUCGAGGAACAAUGAUCCAAUAUCGAUAUUAUGUAACGAAUCAACUUUUUACGCGCUUCUCGCGCACUGCACACCACUCUCUUUCGGUCAACGACACGUACGCUUUACGCGCGAUCAGCGGAUCACACUCAUCAGACGCGCCCGCGGACCAGGCGUGGCUCUCGCCGUGAUCGUUUUUCCAACAUCAUUUACGCUGCAAUUAUCGAGUGCACGCGUUACGAGAACGAUAAUAAUGACCGACACGUGAGUGUGCACGUGCGGCACAACGUUUUCGAAUUGUUUACCUUCCGUCGCAACGGAAUAACGAUAAUAUACGGUAACGACCGGACUUUUCUUAUGGUUCGCGGACACCGAAGGGUUCGUCCGUUCCAGGGGGGGGGGUUGAUUGGCUUAUCUUAGUCCUAUGAUCGUGGUCGGUCACUGACUGCGGGGACGAGGAACCGUCCACCCGUAAACUACGUUGACCGAACCGUGAUGGUCCGCGUGCGGCGGAUGUCGGUAGUGCCUACGAAACGGCGAGCGCGGUUGGCCCGUCGAACGGUCGGGACGCGCCCGCAUCCCAAUGGUGGACGUCGUUCUAUCGCCCGGCGGAUGUACCGCUAUCUGUCGGCCGGAGCGCGCUGGUCACCGAUCAGCUGAGCACCCCCUCGCUGUGGCGUGUUGCCAAAUCCCACGACUGCCCAAAUUCGAGCCGCACUUGACGCUUCGCACAAUAGAUUCGUCGUCUGUUCCGUGGUACAAACGUUCAGGUACGCGAUGCCCUGUUAAUGAACGAAGACAGUAGCGAAUAUUGCCUUGUCCGCCGGUUCCCGUAUCGGUUUUGCCCAUUACACCGGUGCUCCUCGCGUUCGCGAUAUCGACAUUAUCUUUCUUUGUUAUUAUUAUUAUUAUUAUUAUUGUUGUUGAAUACACUGUUUUCUCGUACUCGUUGCGACGCCACACUACACUUAAUUGGUAUUGACGAGUAGAAUAUUAUGUUGACGGAAGAGAGUCGAACGGCCGUCUGCCGUGUUUUGGUUGAUAACGGUCACCAUCUAUACCAUAAUAGUCUUGUGUCGCAGUCUCGUUGAUGUCUCGUCAGGAACUGGUAACGUCACAGAGUUCCCACGAACUCCGCGUAACUAUCCGAAAACAGCAUUUUCAAUGGGACUAAUGUUGCGGUAGACCAAGAGUUACUUAUGCGACCAGUGCCGGGCACUUUGAGCUGUGCCGUCGCGCGUUUGCACGCCCGAAAGUUUAGAAUGGAUAAAGUAAACAAAUUCAUUCGACCAUUAGGAUUCAGACGUCGUACAAGAUCUGCAAGUAGUGUUGUAUAUCCUGGUAAUAAAGCUCAAAGUGAUGACUCCAGUAGUAAUUCUAAAGAUGUAGGAGUCUCAAGUAUAUAUCAUAGUGAUUCUGAUGAUAUAAGCGGUGCUCCACAACCUAUUCCAUUUGCUUUGCUAUCAAAACACCUGAUGAAUUUAGAAUCAGAUUCUGUCAAUGAAAACUUAACCCCUGGACGACCAUUUACUAGAAGAAAACGAAAGUUUAAAAAAAUGAUUGUUGAUCCAGAUAUUAAAUUUUCUUCUCGAAUUACUAGUAGCUGUUCCUACAGUAAUAAUAAUGAAAAAAGAAGAAAUACACGCCAUUCUGCUAGUAUGCCAAGAAACUGUGGAUCUUUAAUUUUGGCCAUUGGUAAAAGAAAGCGUAGUAAUCGUGAAACUAUAUCUGGUAGUCAUCAUCAAGGUUCUUCAAAUAUGAAAUCCAUGGACGUUGAUGUUGCUAGUAGUUCAAGUAGUAUAAGUUCUUCUGAAAGUGAAGCUGGUAUAUUUACCAAUGAUGAAGGAAGAGAAGGAGAUGAUGAGCAAAGUGAUUGGGUUGGAAAUGCAUGUGGGGCUGGAGGCGUAACUGAUGAUGAUACUGAACCAAUGAAAAUUGAUUGUCAAAGAUUAUUAUCUGUUAACUUACAAAAUAAUGUUUUAACUGAAGGAAGAGGGCCUGGGCGUAUGUCAUUUUGGACUAGAAAAGCUGGCGAUAGAGAAAUUCGUGGGGGUCUACGUAGAGUUCGAUCAAUUAAGCCAAGUUUUUCUGUUUUGACUUCAGCUAAUGAAAAAGUUUCUCGUUUUUUACGAGAUCCAGCACAAUCUGAAUUAAGAUUACAUCCUAUGCCAAAAAAUGAGCAGGAUCAAUUGUCACAUUUAGCAGAAAUGUACUCCCUUCAUAUGCAACUUAAUGAUUCCCCAAAGAAAGGAGUAACAUUGACCAAAACUGACAAUACAAUUCAAAUGGAUUUAGAGGCACCAUUUUCACAUCUUAAUCCAUCAAAAGAUCACAAAAGAAAAAAAUCUGCUUCUUCAGAAUUAAGUUUAGGUUUACAAGCAUUACAUAAUCAAGCAUGGAGACCUUUGGUCCUUGAAGACAAACCUAGUACAUUAUCUCAGGAUGAAAACCUAAGUCAGAACAAGUGAACCCAAUUUUUAUACUUUUGUCAACUAAUAAGGCUGAAACUAAUUGAUUUAGUUGCAUAGAAAAUGCAGUUAUAACUUGUUAUAUAAAUGCUUAUAAAUGUAAUUUGUCUAUCUUAAACUCAGGCUCAACUAUUAUAUUUUGUAUAUUUUUAUUAAUUGAACCAGUCAUGGUUAUAAUUUUGACAACAGAUUUAUCAGAUAUUACAAGUCAUUAUUUUUAAGGGACAUUUAUUUAUUAUGCAUUAAUUUAGAGGUUAA